UGUAUUUCUGAGUUAAUUAAAGUGCUAUUUUUCAUCAAUGGAUGCACUUACGGUGUGAAAAAAAUGAGUAUCUGAAAGGUUUGCUUCUUCUGCUUAUAGAUGGAUGGCGAUAGCUCUACGACAGAUGCUUCUCAGUUAGGAAUUUCUGGAGAUUACCUUGGCAGCAGUCACUAUGUGAUACAGCCUCAUGAUGACACAGAGGACAGCAUGAAUGAUCAUGAAGAUACAAAUGGCUCAAAAGAGAGUUUUAGAGAACAAGAUAUUUAUCUCCCAAUUGCAAAUGUGGCAAGGAUAAUGAAAAAUGCCAUACCCCAGACAGGAAAGAUUGCUAAGGAUGCCAAGGAGUGUGUACAAGAGUGUGUGAGUGAAUUCAUCAGCUUUAUAACGUCGGAAGCAAGCGAGAGGUGUCACCAAGAGAAAAGGAAGACCAUCAAUGGAGAGGAUAUUCUCUUCGCCAUGUCUACCUUGGGAUUCGAUAGCUAUGUGGAGCCUUUGAAGCUCUACCUCCAGAAAUUCAGAGAGGCAAUGAAAGGAGAAAAGGGAAUUGGGGGAACAGUUACAGCUGGAGAUGGCCUAAGUGAGGAGCUCACAGAGGAAGCGUUUACUAACCAGUUGCCAGCGGGCUUAAUAACUACAGAUGGCCAACAGCAAAACGUUAUGGUUUAUACAACGUCUUACCAACAGGUACUGUACCCUAUCACCCACUCUCCCUUUUGCUAUUAAAAUGCAGACCGUA